GCACCACGCACCGUUUCGCCGCCGAGGUUGCGGGUCAAGGUCGAUGCGAGGCGAGCGAACGAGCGAGCGCACGGGGCUUCCAUCUGUCAAACAGCUGUUUGCCUUCAGCGCAUCAAAACUUCGUGCCAAUCCCACUGCGCUUCCGAGUCACGUCUUCCCUUUGAACCUUCGCUUCCUUCUUUCCAUCUUUACAUCGUUCCGUGCAUAUUUUCGUCUUUCUUAUCGCGAAUGAUCAACGCCAUCCCUUUCGUCUUUUGAUCGCGAUAAGUACGGAGGAGAUGGAACAUAUCAUCUCAAAGUAUUGGUCCCUGGUGUGGCUGCCGGUGCCAUCAUUGGAAAAGGCGGAGAGACUAUUGCACAACUUCAAAAAGAUACAGGAGCAAGAGUUAAAAUGUCUAAAUCACAUGAUUUUUAUCCAGGCACUACAGAGAGAGUAUGUUUAAUAACUGGUAGUGUCGAAGCUAUAAUGUCUGUCAUGGAUUUCAUUAUGGAAAAAAUUCGAGAGAAACCAGAUCUUACGUCAAAAACCACAGUGGAUUUUGAAUCUGGUAAAGCAAUGGCAGAAAGAGAUAAACAGGUAAAAAUCUUAGUGCCUAACAGCACUGCGGGGAUGAUUAUAGGAAAAGGUGGAAAUUACAUUAAACAAAUUAAAGAAGAAUCUGGCUCUUAUGUUCAAAUUAGUCAAAAAGCUAAAGAUUUAUCUCUUCAAGAACGAUGUAUCACAGUAAUAGGGGAAAAGGAAAAUAAUCGAAAUGCCUUGUUGAUGAUCCUAGCAAAGGUAGCAGAUGAUCCACAAAGUGGAACAUGUUUAAACGUUAGUUAUGCUGAUGUAAGUGGCCCUGUUGCCAAUUACAAUCCUACAGGCAGUCCUUAUGCUCAAGCUCCAACAAGUACACCUACAUAUACUUCUACGGCUGGGCUUAAUACAGUAAGUCUCUUGAAUGGCGCUGGACUGAGCCUUAACUUGAACUUAGGUGCUGCUAUCACUGCUGGUACAGCUCCAGUAACAACGCAACUUUUAGAACAUAUAAAGCUGAACUUACGUACAACAGGUUUCUCAGAACCUGCUGCUACCGAGAUUUUAACCGCCAUUGCUACUCUCGCAAAGUACAAUAUCCUUGGGAUGGGUAUUGGGAUGCCAUCAAGUAUGAGUUAUUUGGGAAAUCCAAUGGAUAGCACCACAACAGCCAAUGGUUCUAACAAUAACGGUGGAGUCUUCGGGCCAAUUGGAACAGUUCCUGCACUGGGAUCUACUUCACCUACUCCACGCAAUACACUUGAUAGAUACGAGCCUUUCGAUCCAUUUAGACAGAACAACACUGCUGCCAGUGCUAUUCACCUGAACAACAAUUCAUUUGGUCUGGGCACUAACCAGUUAUCACUUGUAAGUAAGAGUCCUACACAGGUAGACGCCAACAACAAGGAGACCAAGAAAGUAGACAUAGAAAUUGCAGAGGUUAUAGUGGGAGCUAUUCUGGGACCCGGUGGUCGUGCCCUCAUUGAGAUUCAGCACCUAAGUGGCGCCAACAUUCAAAUCUCUAAGAAAGGCAUGUUUGCCCCUGGUACCAGGAACCGCAUAGUGACUAUCACGGGUUAUCCCAAUGCGAUCGGCACUGCUCAGUACUUGAUCGAGCAAAGGAUUAGUGAAGAGGAAGCAAAACGAGCACGUCAAAAUGCCAUCGCCAGUAUGAUUCACUGAUUUCAAGUACAGCAUUCUUGAUCAUCUCCAUUAUCGGGCUCCGUUGUUCGCCUCUUCACACUUUGAGAUGCUACGGCAGCUCCUUUCUCCCUUCUUUAACACUUGUCCACUACCACCACCUACCACCCGUUGUCAUCUAUCGCUGCAUCACUAUAGCGCUUGCAUUCUCUCAUCACUGUUCAUGCAUCCAUCAUGGCUCGUCAACAUUGAUCUAUCUUUUAAGGUUAUUAUGAUAUAAAUAUUAUAUGUUAUAUGAUAACUACUACAAUUGUUCUGUGAUACACCACAUUACGGGGCUUUAUCACAUAUAAUACACACGUACUACAUCAGAGUCACAUAAUAUAUCUAGUUAUACGAUAUAAUAUAUUGACAGGUGAUCCGACAAAACUGCUAUGAACUAGAUGUGGUAUGCUUGACCACAAACCUUUAAGAUAUGUGGCAGAUGCUACGGAGAAUCAUCUUUCUUCUUUCUGUUUUUAAUAAUAUAUUGACUGAAUAUUACUUGAAAUUUAUGUCAUACAGAACUCAUUUGAAAGUCUUUAAAUGAGACGUGAGUAUUUCACUUAGUUUCAUAAAAAAAAUUCAUUUUUAUUUUAUCAUAAAACCAUAUCUAAAUUAUUAUGUUAAAUUGUUCCUUAAAUAGCAAAUGUCUAGGCUAAACAAGAUCUUACUCGCUUAACGUGUUACUUAAAAAGGCAUGUUAAGUAUAGAGUAAUACCUUGCCAAAACCAAAGAUUUUCCAUAUACAAGUUAAAGAUGACUUGGCUUGAAGUUGAAUAUGCAUACAGAAUAAGAGCUAUUCUAAAUAUGAACAUAUAUUUAUAUAUCAAAGCUGGCUGGACCAGUUAAGUACAUAAAGAAUAAUCAUUCACCAUUGCCAAGUAUCAUUUUUAACUCUAAAUCGUUGGAUCCAUGCAUUAAUAGAAUUUUAUCUAUUUCGUGUAAUAUUUAGAUAAGUAUACUCAAAAGUAGCAUAAUUUUUGACUUUAUUCUUCAUCAUAUACUCACUUGAAGGUAAAAGCCUAUAUGUCAUAUCCAUUAAAAUGAUUACUUUUCUUAUUAUAAUAACAAAUAUUUCCAUAGCUUAACUGCACAGAGUUGGUUCCUUGGUUUUUAGAAAUAUAAUUAAUAUAUUAAACAUUCAUCUAAUUAUUUUUAAUUUUGAAAUAUACUAAUUAAAUGGAAAUAAAUUUAAUAUAUUGCUAGAAAAUUUUCAUAUUAUUUCACAAUGUAGUAAUAAAUAGAACUAACAUGAUAAUACAUAAAUACAUACAUACAUACAUACGUACAUAGAUACAUACAAAUAUACAUACAUUAUAUCACAUUGUACAUUGUCUACAUUGUAAAAAUAAUUUUUGUGCAUAUUUGUGUGCAAGUUAUUGUUAUUGCUGAACACUGCUUUUAUCCACUAUACAAUUUUUUAUAUAAAACAUUUGCUAUUUGAUUGGAAUUAUGUCAUAUACUUCAUAGUUCAUCACAUUAUAAAAAAUUAUAUGUUUCUUAUAUAUGAGAGUGAAAUACCAUCACGUCAUACAUUCCUGAGAUCUGUAUGACAAUUUAUGUAGAAUCUUAUCAAGUUUAUUCAUAUUAAUCUGAGCAAAACUCAAAGCAGACCCAUAUAAUUACUGUUUUUAAACAGAGUGGGGUCAUUGUGUAAUGUAAAACUAUUUGGAACUCUUGUUUCAAUAUAGUGGUGUUCGAUCGAAUGCAGUCUGUGUUUACUCUUUUAUAAAAGAGGGCUAAUACUGACAUUUCAAAUCACUUUAUCUUUGCGGGUAGGUAAUAGGAUGGGGUGAUAUAAGAUAGGUGGUAAUUAAUAAUGGGUAUAGCAAAACUAGUAACUAAAAUUAUUAGCUGUAGCGUCUAAUGAAAUGUAUAAGUGUACAUGAGUACAAUUCAUAGCUGGAGGCGCUGGCUCACCGCUCUUAAAAAUAAUGACUUGUACAUUUAUAAAUAUCGCAUAACAUGAGUAAUAACAGUAAAAAUGAUAAAAUAAUAAUAUAUUACAGAGAGAGAGAAAUAUAUCUAUAUAUAAAUAUAUAUAUAUAUAUAUAUAUAUAAAGAUGCGUAUAUAUAUACAUGAAGAGAUUGACAUAGACUUACAAAAAGAGAAUUCAUAUUAUUUGAGAUAUAAAUGAGACGCGUAUUCACGCAUAUUACGCAUACACAACACGACAAACACAUACACAUACACAUUAUAGGUAGUGGAAUGAUAUUAUAAUAUUGUUGAUAAAAUAUUUGCGUCCGCAAAUGAAAGAACAGGUUUACGUUUAACCAUAAAUUCUAUGUGUCGAUUAACAUUACUGUGUUGUUCAAAUGCAUUGAAGUCACACAGGCACCAUAAAAUGCAAAAACAUUAGUUUGCUGUAGAUAGAAUUGUUAUAAAAUUCUAAUAGAAUACAUAAAUGUAAUUUAUAGCAUUAAUUUAAUUUGUGAAUUAGUCUAUUUUAAUAGCUCUGAUGCUAUUUAUAUUAUUGGCAGCAUAAUAUUUCUCUAUAUUAAUUAUAUCAUAGUAAUGUUUUACUAAUUAUCAUCACGUCAUUAUAUUAUAUCUAUCAUUGAUUAUUGUUAAUCUUAUGUUACUAUUCUUCCUUUCGCGUUUUCAAAAUUUCUAUGCAAACUCUUUCUUUCUUCUGACUGCCGGUAUUUACAUACAUUAUAGAAUUUAUAAAAAAGAAUAUCAAUAAUCACAAAAAAAGGAAUAUCAUUUCUUAAUAGUUAAUCAUUUUGUCACUUAAAAGAAUAUUUUCUUAGAUACAACAACUUUACAAAUCAUUUCAACUUUUUCCUACUCGUUAUAUUCCAAAUCAUAAUUAUCAUAAUCACAUUACAAGUAUAAGUAGUGAAACAUAUUUUUAUGUAUUAGCUUCUCAGAAAAGUUAAAUUACUCAUUAAAACAAUAUAUCUCUCUAUGUAAAACAACUUGUGGGUAGCAUAAAUUGUGUUGUAGAUUUUUUCAAGUUAACACAUUCCUUAGUAGGACAGAAUAUGUUUAAGACUAGCUGUGAUGGAGUUGAUAAAGGGAUAUUUUUACCAGCAGCCAGUACAUGAAAAAUGCCACAAUAUAUUAAGCGUUUUAAAACUGUAGAAUUUAUUUGCGCAGGAAAAAUAACUUGAUGGAUUACAAAAGUUCACCGGCAAGGAGAAGUCAAGAAUGGAGCUUCUUUCUACAUAUGUGACAAUAUUUGCAUGUGUACGUAAAUCAAAUGAAUGUAUAGUAAGUACUUCUUUAAUGCUAAAUACAUUUAUUAAGGUGUGCGUGUUAUAUAAUGCCGAAGUGUAAAAUUCUGUACAGAAAUCAGAGUUGCAUAUAGUGAAGAAUUGUCCAAUCGCAUAGAAAAGUGGAUGUGACUAGAGUCUUUUCUAAGUACCUCAAUUUGUGCCACUGGCAUAUAGUACAAGUAACUGCUUUCUAUUAUCGGUAUAUAUUUUGUUAAAUUAUUCUGAUAAUACUAACACUUAGAUGUUAGUUACGUUUAGAUAACACUUAUAAAGAUACCAUUAGAUACUAUCUAAUUGGCUCUACAUUGUACAGUUAUUUUUUGAAAUAAAAGGCAAUAACAAUGUACAUGAAGUGGCAAAACAGUAUUGGUUCGCCGACCAGUUACCUACGAGUUGUUUAAAGGAGAAUUCAGUGUUGUAUCCACGAGCCGGCAGUCAUUGUUGAUCAUAGAUGAAUCUUACUUCAUGUAACACUUUGUUUUUGUACAGUUUGAGAUAUUUCAUCCACUAACUCAAUAAGUAACUAUGCGACAUGAUCUCUGUGUGUGUCGUAAUAUUUAGUUAUACAGAAUUAUUAGAUAUAGGUGUGUAGGUAGUCUCUUAAAUCUCUUAUGAAAUUAUCGUUACAGUUUCAACAUUUUAAUUAAUAAGGAUGAAAUAUUUGAAGUAUCUACCGAGUGAGUAAAUAAUUAUGCUCUCGCACGUGGAGAUGUAGUGUAGUAAUCAGGGAACUGUAGGAAUUGCAUUGACUCGCCUCAAUUCUAAUAUGACUAUUGUUACAGUAACUAUAAUUGAAUUUGACACAUGUUAUCACACAAGAUGACAUGCGUGUCACAUUACUUGGCUGUGUGUGCUAGGCUACAUCCUGAAUCAUGCUCCAUCAUCCAUCACUCCACUCUCGCAUAGAUUACAUUAAUCUUUAUAAGAAAAAAAAUAACAAUAUCUUAUUGUUACAUAGUAAGUAUCUGAAAAAUCAACAAAUAUUUGAUACCAGGAAAAUUUCUGCAUUACAUUUGUGUUCCAUCCAAUCACUUUAGUGCCAUAUUGAUACCACCAUCAGCCACACUUGUUGACACUUGACAGUAGAACGUGUUGUUAAAGAUGUGUAUAUUCUGCAAAGUGCAGAUUGUUUUGAAUAAAGUCGGACUAUACUUAUUUCUCAUUAUAUAUAAAAUCUUGUUAUAAAGUAUUAUAAAAUACCUUUAUAUGAUCGUUUAGUUUGCAUUAUACGAAAUAUUAGUUCUCAUCGCGGAAAUAAGGAGUUAAAUAUUAUAAUAGCAGUAUCAAUACUUUUGAUCAAGAUUCGAUUUUAGUUUCUAUAUUGUUGCAUUUUAUUAAAGAUUCUAUAAAGCAAAACAAUAUUAAUUUUGAUUGAAGUAUAUACAUAUAUUUGGUAAAAGAUAAUAAAAAAUGCAACGUUUUCUCAUAAAUUAUAAUAAAAAUUGUUCAAUUAUUGUUUAUAAUUUUCGAAAUGUAUAAAAUCAUAAUAAUUUAACUCAUAAAAAAAUUAUGUUAUUGAAUCUUUUCCAUUUUUUUUAUUCAACAAUAUAAUAUUUAUGAGUUUGUUUUUAAAUAAUACAAUAAUAUUCAUUUAUAGUAUGCGUAUAUGUUAAAAUGACACGUUCAAUGAAAUUUAUGAACUAAAACAAUAGUUUAUGAAAAAAAAAUACGAAUGGAGAUCAUGACAAAGGCCUACAAUCGUUUCUUCUAUGUGAAAAUUUACAUCAUUAAUUGGCUAUUUGCAAUUAUUAACAUUAUUUUAUCUAAAGAAAUGUUGCAUUUAGUCAUCUAAUAAUAUUGUUUCUCUAAAAAUUACUUUACUGCCAUUUCUUGCAAAUAUUAACUAUGAUUAAAUUUUUAAAUAAUAAGGCGAAUUCACAAUAGCCAUGAAAAUUAAUAUAAAUUCUACUACUAUAUUAAGAUUUAUUAUAUUAAGAAUUAUAAUAGAAAAUGUCACAAAAAUCAUUUAUUGAAUUGCAUUAAUUGACAAUAGAGUAAAAGGAGUGUAACAAUAAUUGGAGUGUGUUAAGUAUAAUGCGAAAAAAAAUUAUUAAAUUAUAUUAAGCAUAAAUUGCACAGAAUGACUUUGAUAGAUGCUCUAUUACAAAUAGAGUUGUUAUAGUGUUGUGCAUUGCUGUUUUGUGUAUAAUUAACACUGAUGAACAAUGUAUUAUUGUAUAAUACACUGACCAAAUUUUAAAAUAUUAUAUGAAUUAUUUUUUUUCUCUCAUUAAAUAUUUAUGUAAUGGAUCAUUGUAUAAGCAAUAGUUGUAGCAUCAUAGAUGAAAUUAUUUAUUAUUCUUUACUAAGAAUAUUUUCAAUAUAGUCAUAAAUUUUUCAAUUUAUGACUAUAAAUAAUAUAUAAUAUAGUUUAUAUUAUCUUCUUGUGACAAAGAAAAUGCAUUUCAUAAAUAAAAUUAUGUUUAAUAAGUUUUAUUAAAAUUUAAUAUAUAAUUUAUAUCAUUGGUCAGUAUAUACAAAAUAGCAGUGCAUGCAAGAUGUGGAAUAUUUUUCAUAUCAUAAAUUUUGUUGUCAUGAUUCAGUAUCACUAUUAUAACAUUGCAAAACUUCACAAAGGAACGUAAUGAAACAAUAUCUGGAUAACAGGAGCAUUCAUUAUAAAAAUUUAGAAGGAUUGUACAAAAUUGUAUGUAAUGUUAUUUUAUUGGAAGUGAGAAUUAGAUUUAGACUAUUAAUAUGGUAUAUUAUUUUGGGUAAGCAUAUGUAAAAAAACUUGAAGAAGAUCGUUAUUGUUGAGGUAGAAGUAGCACAUAGCAGCUCGGGGAUAAAAAAAGAUAUUAAGUACCUUGUUGAGUAUAAGUAGUUAUAUUGCUAAGUCACAAGUGCACAGAUGCGCAUAUGUGCACGGUCACAUUCAUAAAUUGAUCAUACAUACAAAAAACAUUUACACUUAAAACAGUGUCAAAAUCACAUGCCUACAUGCAAGUAGAAGGUUCCACACAUAACGCAGUGCGACAUUGUGCUUUACCUUUAUAUGUUCACACCUUAAUUAUUGUCCCAAUUAGAAAUAGAAAUUAUCUUCCACGAUAUCUGAAAUAAGAGCAGCUGGCUGCAGAGGUACCAUAAAUAUUCAUUCAUUACUGAUGAGAUACGAUCAUCAAGUAUUGUAUCUUACAUUCCUUUGGCUAUAAAGUAAUUUAAGGACACAAUCUUGCGUAUCAUAUGUUUUCCACAUUAUAAAUUAUGCUGCACAUUUAGGCAAACAUUCUAAUCAUCAUUUAUGCUAUAAUUACACACUUUACACAGUUCACUUGGUCAGAAUAUAAAAUGGUGCAUUGCGGGCAGUGAGCAAAAUUGUAUUUUUUAAUAUUUCAGUGUUUCUUUCUCAGAGAACACUGUAAUUUACUUUUGAAAUAUGAAUGAAAAACUAAUUCUACUGUAACUUGUACUAACAGGUUCUUCGUAAAUACGCUUUAAAAAAAAUAGAAUUAACGAAGUUUUCGAUAAAUUACGAAUUAUUGAAUGCACGUAUAAACUGUCGAAAGAAAAUCAGGCAAAUGAGCAUUACUGUGCUAUUAAAAAAAAGAGAUAUAUAUAUAUGUACAUACACACGUACACACACACACACGCGCGUACACACACACACAUCAAACACGCAUACAUAUAUAUGACCUGGCCACAAUAAUUUCUGAAAACCUCAAAGUUAUAUAUUAUUAUAAAAGAAAAAGUUUCGCGAAUAUUGUUCUACGUUUUACAAUUUCCUUCCAAAUGCUAUUGUAUUAAGCACAAAUGCAAUGUUAUUUUUUAUUACGUUCUUAGUAUCUCAUCAAAUGUACCUUUGUAUGGUUGGUUAAAGAUAUAUUUAUUAAGCGAAAACUUGUAACUUUUAUGUUCCAAGUAACAAUGGCAAGUUAGAAAUGUAACGAGUGAAUAACAACAUUGCUAUAUGCAUUUGUUGUUUGAACGCUUAAUAGUACGGUAUUCUUACCGAUGAUGCGAUAAGUGUCCACAUAGAGGAUGUUUAAAUGACAUUAACAACAUUCUAUUCAAAAUCGUUAUAAACAUGUCAUGACAAAGAAUUUUCACAAAUGAUUAAGUACGUAUCGAUUGUUACGUAUCACGUGACUCGUAACGUUACUUUUUUUCUAUUUAUUAACGUUGUAUCUACUAGAUACAAUUGUUCUAUAUUUUGUUGUUGUUAAAUAGAUGUCCUAACAUUACCUAUUGGGCACCAUUAUUGUUAUCAACGAAGUAAAAUUAGUUCACAGCACUUUGAAUCUAUCCUAAUAUUACUUUACACGCUAACAACAUUUAUUUACAUUCAUAAAUUGUUAUUCUUUCAUCAUCAAUUUAUUCCAUUCAAUGUUAAAUAAUUAUAAAUAAACAUAAUAUAUUAACUAUUUUCAUUCAUGAAAAGCAUCGUUACCUGUAUGACAAGUGAUCAUAAGAACAUAAUAAACAAUCGCUCAUUAAAUGCA